UUCCUGCACAAACUUCAUUCCAGUCCACAUAGGGAGAACACAUGUUGGAGACAGAGGCAGAACAGGGAGAGCAGUGGGAAACAGAGCUCCCAGACUGGACUUCUUUUCUGCCAUUGGAUUACUUCUCUCAAAUCAGGGUCUGUAUGUGUUCAAAUCCCUGCACCGAGGUAUAUGAGCGCGCGAGUCACUGUGUGAAGUGUGAAUGGGAUUUUAAGUGUUCUCAGACAUGGGUGCAUCAUCUGCCGUGAGCUCUCUUCUCCUGGCCCUUCUCCUCUCUCUUCACCUACACCGCCACCUCCCUGUCUGGGCCGCGAUGGACUCCUGCGUCGACGAGGACGGCGCCCCGAGCCGCUGCUUGCCCAAGUUUGAAAACGUCGCCUUCAAUCGCACCGCGGAGGCGUCGAAUGUGUGCGGCUCGCCGGCUGAGGACUACUGCAUGCAGACGGGCUCCACGCGCUCCUGCCACCACUGUGACGCGUCUGACCCCGACCUGAGCCACAACUCCGGCCUCCUGACAGACUUCCACAGGAACGAGGAGCCUACAUGGUGGCAGAGCCAGUCCAUGUACUAUGGUAUCCAGCACCCCACUUCUGUCAACCUCACCCUCCACCUUGGCAAGGCCUUUGAGAUAACCUACCUACGAUUGAAAUUCUACACCAGUCGGCCGGAGAGCUUCGCCAUCUACAAGCGAACGGAGGAGAAUGGGCCCUGGUUACCUUACCAGUACUACAGCGCGUCUUGUAGGAAGACCUAUGGGAAGGAUGCUAAGGGCUACAUUCGCCCCGGAGAUGAUGAGAGGACUGCCUUGUGUACGGACGAGUUCAGUGACAUCUCCCCGCUCAGUGGAGGGAACGUAGCCUUCUCCACCCUGGAGGGACGGCCCAGUGCAUACAACUUUGACCAAAGUGUGGUGUUGCAGGAAUGGGUGACGGCCACUGACCUGCUCAUCUCUUUGGACAGGAUUAACACCUUUGGAGACGAGUUCUUCAAGGACGCUAAAGUGUUGCGCUCGUACUUCUACGCCAUCUCUGAUUUCUCUGUGGGUGGCAGAUGUAAGUGUAACGGUCACGCCAGCGAGUGCGUUGAGGGCGAACACGGUGGCCUGGUCUGUUCCUGCCAACAUCACACUGCGGGAGCAGACUGCCAGAAAUGUCACCCCUUUUACCAGGACAGACCCUGGGCCCGGGCCACUGGGGACUCCGCCAACGAGUGUCUGAAGUGCAACUGUAGUGGGAGAUCAGACGAGUGCGUGUUUGACGUGGAGCAGUACCGCAGCACUGGCAGUGGGGGGCGCUGUGUGAGCUGCAGAGACGACACCGAUGGGCCCCAUUGUGAGCGCUGCAGAGAGAACCACCACAGAGAGUCUUCUCAGGAGCCCUGCCUGCCCUGCAACUGCAACAUCAAUGGGUCAGUGAGUCUGCAGUGUGAUGCAGAAGGACGGUGUGCGUGUCGAGUUGGCGUGACGGGGGAGAAGUGUGACACGUGUCGGGCCGGGUUUCACUCGCUCGGGCCUGGUGGCUGCAGGCCGUGUGAGUGUAACCCCAGUGGGACUGUGGACCUCUGCUCUCCUCUGGACGGACGUUGCCACUGCAAGCCAAACGUGGAGGGACAGAGCUGUGACAGGUGCAAGCCAGGCUUCUUCAACCUGCAACAAGUAAACCCCGCAGGCUGCCAACCUUGUUUCUGCUUUGGCCACUCGCUGGCCUGCUUCUCGUCCUGGCACCAUGCAGCUGUCAACAUCACUUCUGACUUUAUCGAAGAUCAGGACGGCUGGUUGGGAGAGUUCUCUGGGGGACAGGAGUAUCCCCUGCUGUGGAAGGAAGGUGAAGUCUACCUGCUGCCGCUUACUGAGGAAGACAUUGGCUUCUACAAAGCUCCUGAUAAAUUCCUGGGUCACCAUGCCCACAGCUACGGCCAGCUCCUCUCCAUCACCUUCACCUCCGAGACCCCCGAGCUGCUCCCCGGCCACGUCGCCCUGCUCCUCCAAGGCUCCGGAAUCGCCCUGUCUGCUGACCUUUCACCUCAGCCAGUGCUCGACCACGACCCUGGCCUCACACCGCGGCGCUCCUUCAUCGUCAGGCUCCAUGAAAAUGAGUCGAGAUUCAAACCUCCGCUGUCUGCCUUUGAGUUCCAGCAUCUCUUGUACAACCUGACCGCGAUCAGGAUCGGCAACGCUGGAGGACAAAACUACACGUCGCAGCUGGCGGGUGUAUCCCUGACCUCGGCUCUCAUCUCCUCUGGUCCAGCCAGCCCUCCUGCUCCAUGGGUGGAGACUUGUUCCUGCCCCCCGGGUUUCGCGGGGCAGUUUUGCGAGCGCUGCGCGCCGGGAUUCACGUGGGAAGUCCCCGCACGAGGGCCUCUCUCCACAUGCGUGCCGUGCAGCUGCCAUCAGCAUGGGACCUGCCAUCCCGAGACAGGCGUGUGUGAUUGCUCAGACUUCACCUCCGGGAAGACCUGUGAACACUGCCAGGAUGGUUACCAUGGCAACGCUUUGAUUGGCACACCGGGCGAUUGUCAGCCCUGUCCUUGCCCGGACCGUAGCAGCUGUGCGCAAAUUGCGGAGACGGGACAGGUGGUCUGUACCAACUGCCCCCCGGGACAGACAGGGAUGCGCUGUCAGAUGUGUGAAGAUGGUUACUAUGGCGAUCCACUGGGACAAUCGGGGGCAGUUCGACCAUGUGUGAGAUGCGACUGCAAUGGCAACGCGGACUUCAAUGCCGUGGGAAUAUGUGACCGUGUCACCGGGCAGUGUCUGAAAUGCCUGGGAGACACGGAGGGCGACCACUGCCAACGCUGCCGGCAGGGUUUCUACGGCGACGCCCUGCUCCAGACAGCUGGCCAGAAGUGCAAGCCCUGCGGCUGCAAUCCCUCCGGCACCUCGGGGCAUGUGAAUAAAUGCCACUCUCAGACAGGACAUUGCUCGUGCCUUGGUCAAGUGACGGGUCGCGAUUGCGGCUAUUGUGAAGUCGGAUUCUUCAACCUCCAACCAGGUGUGGGUUGUGAAAGGUGCAAGUGCAAUCCAAUUGGCUCAUCGUCCGUCGCGUGUCAUCCAAUCACGGGGCAGUGUGUGUGUCGUACAGGAGUGGAGGGGAGACUGUGCGAUUUUUGCCGCGUGGGCUUCUUUGGAUUCUCGUUUCAAGGUUGCAGAGCCUGUAACUGUGACCCCAUGGGCUCCGUCUCCAUGCAGUGUCACGGUAACGGCACCUGCCACUGUCGCCCGGGCUUCGUCGGUUACAAAUGUGACAAAUGCGAGUUGAACUAUUUUCACAACGGUGCCACACACCAGUGUGAGGAGUGUCCAGUUUGCUAUGGCCUUGUCAAGAAACAGGCAGAGAAGCUGAGGACUCGCCUGCAGGAUUUGGAGAAGCUCCUGGCUCACUUUGAUUGCCGGGGUAGAUCUGGGAAGCAGCACCACCUGCUGAAGUAUCACAUAGCCAGGCUUUACGAGCAUGAGCACCAGGGGGAGGAUACUCUACCCAAUGCUCUGGAGGAUUUUCUGGCCUUCCAAGAAGCACGAGAGGCCUUCAUCAAGCAGUUUUCCUCGCUGGGCGAUUCUACGGGCGAGCUCUUGGCCCAGCUGCAUGGCAUUACAUCUACUUUGAACUGCAGCAUCAGCAUGACAGAGGAAGAGGCGGAGGAGAGGGGGGAGGACGGGGGGAGCAGGGGUGUGUGUCAAACCUUCACAGACACUGUGUUCAUGAUCAGAGCAUCUCAGAAACAGCUCAAGCAGGCGACAGUGGACCUGGACAACAUGAUCAUUCCUUUUGAGUUGGUGUCGGGACCUAACAAAUGGAACAUAAUGGUCAAUGACUCACAGGUCCUAAUGAAAAGACGCAGAGAAACAGCCGACCGCAUCGAGGCCGUGGCCAGCAGGGCGGUCAGAACCUCAAAGCAGGCCUUCGCUUUCCUGAUGGAUCUGCUGCAGGACAACUCCACCGAGGAGUACAUCAGGAACCUAACUGAGCGAAUAACACAAAUGCAGCAGCAGAAGGAGAAUCUGACAGCUCAGGUGAAUGAUACCGUUGCCGAACAGUUGGCCCUGGAGGAGGAAGCUGCCGGUUUAAAGCUCGCCCUGGGUAACAUCACAUCAUCCUUACAUCAGCUGCCUUGGACAGAUUUCGGCGCAUCGCCGGAGCCGGACCAAACACAUCCAACCAACCACACAACAGAGUGGGGCGAGGAGCUGCUAAAACAGACAAAAGAGCUGGACCAGCGAAUUCAGACCAAAGACGAUCACAUCAGUAAAAUCAGAGAGGGGUUGGAGCCUCUGCAACAGGCUGCCAGGAAGAACCUGGAGAUGGUGGAUGGCAUCAGUGAGCGUCGGGCUCGUGCUCAAGGGGCAAAGGUCGAGGCUUUGUCGGCCGUGGUAGCCGGGAAAGAGGUGGAAUCAGAAGCCAUUUCCCUCCACAGAGAACUAGAAAACAUGGUGAGGGAGUGGCCCCAUCGGGAAGCCCAGACCAAGGCUGCCGUGAAGAAGGAGAGACCCCUGGAGGAGAAGGUGCUCGCUGACGUCAGGAAAAGAGUCUCGCAGAUCGAGGAGAUGCUCAAACCAGCUCUGGAGAACUCCAGCCUCUCCGGCAACACCACGAAGGAGGCGGAGCGAACGGCACAUGCUGUGGCGAAGGAAUCCAAGGCCAUCUUGACCCAGGCCAAGCACACCAGGACCGCAUCCUCUCACCUUAGCUCCCAUAUCGACUCCGCUUUGCAACAGCUGGCUGAACAUGAGACGCGAACUGACAACGCAAAGUCCCAGAUCCCCUCAGAGGCUGACGUGUCCCUGACCGGCGUUAAGGAAGACAUGGAAGCAGCCAAGCUCCAGUUAGAGGCCUAUUCUGUCACACUCACUGACCUCAUCAGUAAGAUUGACGGGAACGUGCCGCUGGAGCGCUUUGACCGGAUCCUGAACGAGACGGCGCGCCGCCUGAGCAUGCUGCGCGGAAGUGUGGAGAGCCCGACGCUGGGCUCGAAGAUCCAGAGGCUGCAGUCGGCCGCCAAGGAGCAACAGAGCCGGAUGUCCCUCAUCGAACAGGACUUGCAGGAGAUCAGGGAGGAGAGAGACAGUCUCAGGGAUAUUACUUUAAACUUGCCUCAGUCCUGCCCCCAGGCCACGGGCACAGGCAAUGGGUAGUGCGCACGGAGAUGAUGGGGAUUUAGUUAUUGAUAAGACAGCUGAACAUCAGAAAAGUCUGGGAGGAUUUUGUUAAUAAAAGGGUCUGUGGUCA